AUGACCGACAACAAGGCCCUGGAGGCCGAGAAAGCAAAACUGGACACCAAUAUGGACUUGAAUAACCCUAUCACCAACUCAGACACGAAGAGCCUCAAACGAAAACGAAAUGAGUCUGAGACACAGGUAUUUGGAGAGGGCAGAGUUAAGCCCGUCAAAAAGAAACACAAGGCCGAGCCUACACUGACGGUGAUUCCGUCUUUUGUGGACAACGCCAUUUCUAUUUCCAAUCUGCGAGAUCUGGUUCUUCAUCUGUGUGGCGUUCAGAACACGGUGGUUCCUACUUUCAUGUCUAUCAAGAACCCUGGAGGAGUGGUAAAGAUCGUCACUCUCAUGAUUCCUGGACUUCUUCCCGAAAUGUUUGGAGCCGAGGGCUUUUUGGACCGAAAGUCUCCCAUGGAAUUCAAGCCUGUUCCUCAGUUGUCCUUUUUCGAAACGUUUGAGUUCCUAUGGCCCACUAUGGCUCCAGGCACAAAUGAUUCAUUACAUUCCCCCAUAACAGCCUUUGCAUUGAGUCCAAUGUCUAAGAGUAAGAAGAAGGAGAUGGAUAAGGCUCGGCAGAACAAGUACCAGACUAUGGAGGCCCUGGAGCUGAUCAUGACUUACGAUCAGAUGAAAGACAACUUCUACCCCUUGCAUCCAGACGUCUCAGGCAAGAGUCUGCCUUUGGAAGACGGAUGGAGAGACACCCAAAAAGGACCGAGCAUCAAAAAAAGAGGCAACACGAUUCUUGGACUCGAUUGUGAGAUGUGCGCUACUGCAAGUGGACCUGUGGUUACCAGAGCCACUGUGGUUGACUACAACGGUGACACUAUCUACGACAAACUGGUGAAACCCGACGAACCCAUCACCGACUAUCUCACCCAGUGGUCAGGAAUCACGAAGGAGAUGCUGGAUCCUGUCACUACCACUUUGGCAGACGUUCAGGACGAUCUGACCAAGCUGAUUAAGACUCAAGACAUUCUGGUGGGUCACUCUCUCGAGAGCGAUUUGGGUGUGUUGAAGCUGCGUCAUCCUCUGGUCAUCGACACAUCCAUUGUCUUUGAUCAUCCUCGAGGAGCAACUUUCAAGUGUUCUCUCAAGUGGUUGGCCACGAAGUACCUCAAGAAGUCCAUUCAGAACGGUACUUCAGGUCAUGAUUCUUCAGAGGACGCACGAACUUGCAUUGAACUGAUUAAGGAGAAGCUCAAACGUGGCCCAAAGUUUGGUGUCAUUGGUCCUUCAGGUGAGAGCACCAUGGGAAAGAUUGUGGAGUCUACAUUCAGAGACCAAGCCGCUCCUCGAAAGGCGCUAGUUGUGGACUUUGGUAACCCUCAAUGGACCCAAGGUAACGCUACCAAGUCUAUUUCGUGCGAGAAGGACGCAGACGUCUGUACCGGUCUGGUGGACAACUUGGACUCGUACGAUUUCUGUUGGGGUCGAUUCAAGAAGCUCGAGUAUGAGCUGGGAUGGAACAGAAAGAAAAAGCCAAUGAAGCAUGACAAGGAGGGGGAUGAUGGAGAUGAGAAGUCCGAGGAUAAAAAUGAAGAGAAGAAGGAUCAGAAGACGGAAGAGAGAGAGGAGGAAGAAAGGUUCGACACUACCGAUCCUACAACCUAUCCUGCCAGAUUGAAUGAUACAAUGGUGGAGCUGAACAAGCAAUUACAGUCCAUCUACGAUGCUCUUCCUAAGCGGACGGCUCUGAUCGUGUUUUCUGGCUCGGGUGAUCCUUUGGACAUGCUUACGCUGCGUCAGCAGAAACAUGACUUCAACCAGGAGUUCAAGGUGAAGAAGUGGGACGAGCUGAGUAUCCAGUGGACGGAUGUUGAAGUUCAAAAGCUGAAGAAGGCCGCCCGAAAGGCUAGAACUGGCUUGUCAUUCAUCAAGAUUAAACCUGAUGACGAGGAAGAGUAA